AUGCAAUCCACUAUUAGACUCUUUGCCGUUUUUCUGCUUGUUUUGGUUUUGGUCGAUGCACAAUAUAGAAUGAUGGCUAAUUCCGGACCUGCUUGGCGCCAGAGAAUGUGGCGAAAGACUCGAAUCCCGUCUCCAGCAUUCAUGGAUCUCGCUGAUGAUGGAUUGAUGAACUUGCUCACUAAUUGA